AUAGUACAUACUACAUACUACAUUUUACAUGGUACUGGGUACAUCGUGCGUGCAGUGCACUGGUACCUUGGAGAAUUGGUGUGGUUCAGAAGUGUUCAGUAAUGUGUAAUGGUGUGCAAGUAAGAAUGUGAUAUGUCAAGCGGUGACGUUGGACAACUGAAUUUUGAAGGUUAUCAGACGAUAGAAAAAUUCGAAUUUCAAUACUGAAAGAGAUCAAUCGGAGCAGCGCACUUCAUCGAUGCGACGAAGCGAAGGUUAGGUGAAGUUUACAGCGAUACAAUGGCUCAUGGCACGAUAUUACAGAAAGCCAUAGACCUAGUUACCAAAGCAACAGAGGAAGAUCGUAACAAAAAUUACGAAGAAGCGCUCAAGUUGUAUCAGCAUGCAGUUGAAUAUUUUUUGCAUUCUAUCAAAUACGAAGCACAAGGAGACAGAGCCAAAGAAAGUAUAAGGGCAAAAUGUACGCAAUACUUGGAAAGAGCCGAAAAAUUGAAAGCUUAUCUGAAGAAGGGUAAAAAGAAACCUGUGAAAGCUACCGAAGAUAAUUCUAAAGUCGAAGACAAGAAAAGCGAUAGCGGAGAUAGCGACACCGACAGCGACCCUGAAAAGAAAAAACUUCAAAGCAAAUUGGAAGGAGCCAUAAUUAUAGAAAAGCCAGAUAUCAAAUGGAACGACGUUGCCGGUCUCGACGGAGCUAAGGAAGCUUUAAAGGAAGCUGUUAUUUUACCGAUACGUUUCCCACACCUGUUUACUGGAAAACGAAUUCCAUGGAAGGGUAUUUUAUUGUUUGGGCCACCGGGUACCGGGAAAUCAUAUCUAGCAAAGGCUGUGGCAACGGAAGCUAAUAACUCGACGUUCUUCUCUGUAUCAUCCUCCGACUUGGUAAGCAAGUGGCUAGGGGAGUCUGAAAAACUUGUAAAAAAUUUAUUCGAAUUAGCUCGUCAACACAAGCCUAGCAUCAUAUUUAUCGAUGAGAUUGAUUCGCUGUGUUCGUCACGUUCCGACAAUGAAUCGGAAUCUGCGAGAAGAAUAAAAACAGAAUUCUUAGUUCAAAUGCAAGGUGUUGGAUCAGACAACGACGGCAUACUAGUGCUAGGAGCUACUAAUAUACCGUGGGUAUUGGAUUCCGCUAUCAGAAGAAGAUUCGAAAAGAGGAUUUACAUCCCUCUACCCGACGAGCAGGCUCGUGUUAUAAUGUUCAAACUUCAUUUAGGGAGUACUUCUCAUUGUUUAUCAGAGGAAGAUUUCAAGAAAUUAGCAGCGGCUACCGAUGGAUACUCAGGGGCUGACAUAAGUAUUAUUGUACGAGACGCGCUUAUGCAACCAGUUAGACAAGUCCAAACUGCAACGCACUUUAAACGCGUAAAAGGCCCGUCGCCAAAAGAUCCUACCGUUAUCGUGGACGAUUUACUUACACCGUGUUCACCUGGAGAUCCAGCUGCCAUCGAAAUGAACUGGAUGGAAGUUGAAGGUGAUAAAUUGUACGAACCACCCGUAACUAUGAAAGAUAUGAUGAAGUCAUUAGCAACUACGCGUCCUACGGUAAACGAGGAAGAUAUGACCAAGUUAGAAAAAUUCAAGGAAGAUUUUGGUCAAGAAGGUUGAUACUUGGACUUUUUCGAGGAAGUAGAUCGAUGUACACUUCCAGAAGUAUGUUUCAGUUACACGCGCUUGCCUUACAUCUUAUUUCAUUAUCGCCACUACUAUACAGUAUUUAUACAAAAACACUUGAACUCAGGUUCUUCUUUUCUUUUUCCUCUUUCUCUUUUUUCCGUUUUAACACUUGAUACACAAUAAAGAUAACAUUAUAAGCUUAA